AUGACUGUUUACUUCACAGUAAAGGAUGAAUACGCAAGACAGCUGUUGAAGAAUGUAUGGUCCAUUGAUAUUGAAAACUAUAUUUACCAUCUUGGCCCUGCGCAUUUCAAAGCUAAUGAUUUUGAUGAAAGAAAGAAGCAUAGAGGUGAAUUUAUAGGUUUUGGAAAAGAGCAUACAGCGGCGAAAGCUUUGGAAAUUACUGCACCUUUCAAUCCCAAAAGCGCAUUCAAGCAGAGCCCGGACAAGAUCAUUGUGGAAUUCCAAAACGAGGCUGACCUCUUUAAUGCUUGUGACAAGAAUUAUCACUUUAGCGAUUUCAAUAUCAAAGGAUAUCCAUUAGGUUAUAACUGGCCACAAAGGGACCGCGCCAUAAGCUCACACGAAAUAGCGGCAAACCAUGAUGAUGAUUCCAAAGAGAAGGUGAAUAAUAAACCUCAUUUACAAGGUCAACACAUAACCCAUGGUAGACAUACUCACCGGAAUCAGAGAUUCAAGAAUAAUUAUAAUUCGAAAAAUCACAACAUCAACAAAAAAAACUUAGAUAAUAUACCAUCUUGCACCAGUGGAUCUAACAAAACCCCGCUAGGCGUUAAAUCUCACUGCUCUAGGAAUAACAAUAAAGACAACAUAAUCAUUUCAGAUAAUACCUCCUUUGAUACUUCAAGCACAUAUAGUAACACACCCAAUAAUCAAAAUUGCCAAGGGGACUGGGAUGAGGUGAUGAGUGAUAAGUCUCUGCUAAAAGACGCUUACUCACCUCUUAUCACUUUUUUGGAACAACUGUAUUAA